AGCAAGUGCCUUUUAUGAAACCGAAAACGCGUGAUUUGAUAUAAAAAUCUAAAAAAGCGUCUUAAUUUCUUCUUUUUUUUCGUUGAAUGAUCAAACAUUGUCGCUGUUCACUUGAAAAAAUACAAACCUACGAUUUCGAGCGACUUUUUCUAGCUUCAAUAAUCUUUUCUAAUAAGAAAUAUAAAGAUUUUGAGAUCUAUUUAAAAAAAGCGAAAGUUGAUUAUAGACAUUUGACGAAUGAAAAAAUAGGGAAUGUUGUUAUGCUAAAGUUUUGAGUGCAAAAUACGCGCAUGUUUUUAAUUACACCAAUAGUAGAAUCACUUUUACGACAACCUAUUUAUAAGAUUGACCGGUCGUAAUUCUCAGUAGAAGAAACAUGAACGAAGUAGAUCAACACAAAUAAAAACGACGAUCACCAACACAUCUACGCACACAAUCGCAAAUAAUUUCUAUAUCAAAAUAUCGUAUCGUAAACCGUUGAUGUGCGGAGAAUAAAAAUUAUAAAUAAUAUGCGAUAACGAAAAUUACAAGGAAUUAAAAAUAAAGAUAUCGAUUAAGUUAAGCAUACAUGCGAAUACGAUUUAUUGUCAAAGACGCCCCUUGAUCACUUGACUUGACAAUUUUUGGAUUGAAAAGAAUUUUCGCUUAUCAACAACAGAUGUUCAUCGUCUUAAUCGCACCUCAGUGUUAUCCACUUUUUUUUGUGUGCGCACACAGGAGAGAGUCAAGCUCUUUACUUAUGCGCAAAAUAAGGUAAUUGAGUGAGAACCGAACGCAGACAGUGAUAAUAAGAAAAUUAAAUAGAAAAAAGAGGGGGAGAAAGAACCUAUACAAUUAAUUAAUUGGAAAACAUACAAACGCAAAACGGAGAAAACUAUUUAUAAUCAGUAUGCCAAAUCAUACGGGUGCGUGUAGUAUGCCGAUAGCUUAUAUUGAAAAAGAUAAUUGUAAAGUUGACGCGAAAGAUAAUGGAGAAGAUACCAAUAAUAACGAACGAUUAGAUGAUGAUCGACAAUGUUUUAGUGAAACAAAUUUUGGCAUAUCAACUAGCGAUAUUGUCAACGAUGGAACAUUUGAUGAUAGUGUAUCGACUGAAAUGACUAAAUUACAAGUCAGCGAGACGCCCGAAACAAAACGACCAUCAUAUAUUGCUUUGAAACCGAUAUCAGAGUUACCCACAAAAAGUGCCGGCCAAUUAGAUGCGGACCAGACAGACGGUUGUUUUGGCGCGAACCAACAAGAAUCAGAACAUGACUAUGCCAAGGGUAUCAACAUUAAAUUUCAAGAUCUAAUCUAUCGAGCACGUAGAAGUCUCCCAUGGGAUCGAUCAACAAAAACUAUCAUAAAUGGUGUAAAUGGAGAGUUUCGAGCUGGUGAGCUCACUGCAGUAAUGGGACCUAGUGGAGCUGGAAAAUCUACUCUUCUGCACAUACUCACUGGCUACUCAACCAAUUUGGCAAGUGGUACAAUCACAAUCAACGGCCGUCCAAGAGAUUUAAAACGAUUUCGAAGUCAGGCUGCAUACAUUAUGCAAGAUCAUGUACUUCAGCCCCACAUCACCGCUUGGGAAGCAAUGUAUUUUUCGGUGAACUUAAAAAUUGGAUCGCAGUUAAAUUACACGGAGAAAAAACAACGAAUUCAAGAAAUACUAGAAGCAAUUGGAUUGUAUGAGAAUCGAUUUACAAAAGCCGGUGAAUUAUCUGGUGGCCAACGAAAACGGCUGGCUAUAGCAUUGGAACUUGUCGAUAAUCCACAGUUUAUGGCAUUUGACGAACCAACAAGCGGGCUUGAUAGUUCAACAUCAACACAGGUGAUAUUAUUGCUGAAGCAUUUGGCACAGGAAGGACGCACCAUUCUGUGUACAAUACAUCAACCUUCGGCAUUACUAUUUGGUUUAUUCGAUCAUUUGUAUGCAAUUGCGGAAGGUCAAUGCAUUUAUGCCGGUGCAACUGGGAAGUUAGUGCCAUUUCUAUCGACCGUCGGUUUUGAAUGUCCAAGAACCUAUAACCCAUCGGACUAUUUGCUAGAAAUUUCAACACAUGACUACGGUCCACAUAAUGAUCGACUGGUUGCAAAAAUUCACAAUGGCUUAAAUGAAAAUUAUCGAACAAACACGCACGCCGCCGCCUAUAAUUACUCACUGGAAAUUGCGGAAAGAUUUGUCGAAGGUGGUUUGGUGACGCCAAUAUAUGCGCCUGAGCUUGCACCAUUGGAUUCGGAAAGUUCCGUAUCAUCGCCCAUGGAUCAGUCAUCAAAUUGGAAGAAAGCAAGGCCAAUUUCACUUUAUUCGAACAGUCGACAGUGUUGUAGGUGUCGUAGUGGUGCAUAUGCAACAUCAUUCUUUCGUCAAUGGUAUCUGUUAACGCUCAGAACGAUUAUAUGCUUGCGUCGCGAUCGAACAUUGGCGACAAUGCGAUUUAUAAUUCACGCCUUAAUUGCCUUACUUGUCGGCACACUGUAUUUUAAUAUUGGAAACGAUGCAACGAUGAUGUUUAAUAUUUUCCGUUACAUUUUCCUAUCGCUAAUGUUUCUCAUGUUCACUGCAUUUUCUACAGUCACCAUAAAAUUUCCAUUGGAAAUGCCGAUAGUGGCACGGGAGCAUUUUAAUCGAUGGUAUUCAAAAAAGGCCUACUACUUUGCAUUGACUUUCGCCGAUUUGCCGGUGCAAUUUGCUUGUGUAUUGAUCUAUGUAUUAAUUACGUAUUUGAUGACGGCUCAACCGCUCGAAAUGUUUCGCAUUGGUUUGUUUUUAAUAACAACCGUCAUGGUAACCCUAAUAGCCCAAGCAUUCGGUAUGAUUGUUGGAGCUUCAUGCGGUGUCAAGCUGGGUGUUAUAGUCGGGCCAUUUGUAAUAUCACCGUUUGUUGUGUUUUCUGGAUUUUUCCUGCGUUUAGCCGAUGCACCGACAUAUCUUCAUUGGCUGUUUCAUGCUUCAUUCCUGAAAUACGCCGUCGAUGGGUCCACGCUGGCCAUCUUUGGGUAUGAUCGGCCCAAAUUGGAGUGCAAUGAAAUUUAUUGCCACUAUAGAAUACCGCAUAAAUUUAUGAAAUUAAUUGACACACAUCAAAGCAACUUUAUGUUCAGCUUUGGCAUAUUAUUGGCCAUUUGUAUUGUAUUACGAAUUAUUGCAUUUUUUAUUAUGUCACUGAGACUCAGACGAAGAUGAAAUCUUCAUAGAUAGCUAGCAACAAAGAAAUGAAAGUUACCAAACAUUCGAUGAUGUAAGCAAUUUUUAUUCAAUUACUAAUAAACGAAAGACACCUGGAUACUUUGUAUUUGACACAAAUUGUGCUUACAAAUGAAAAGCUUAAUAUAUUAUUUUUGUUAUUUUGUACUUUUGCAUAAAAUAUUCGAGAUAAGGUUGAAUUUGAUUUAAGCAUAUUAUUGUUUGACGUUUUUUCAAAAAAAUAAUUUGUAUGAGGCCAUUUGUUCAAUAUACAAAAAAUUUGGAAUUAGUCAUUUGAAAAAUUAAAAUUGGAAUUGUAAACACCUCAAGAAAUGCACACUUGAAUUAAGCGAAAUACUGGUAUGAUCGUAUAUUUUAAUACGGGUUUUUGGUUUAUUGUAUGUUGUAAACAGCUCCGAUUUAAUCCGCAUUGAACUCGAAAAGGUCAAAUUAUCUUGAAAAAAAUGCAGUCAACAAAGAUGAAUGAUUAAUUUUUGUUGUGAUAAGAUAAUAUCUACAUAUGAAUCAAGAGAG